AAUGCAGAUACAUUUUUACGGAAACACACUACUUUAAAAAAAAGUGGUUACUUCCGGUUCCGGUUUAGACGCCUGGGAAGCUAGCUAGCUACUUCGAUACAGAUUGCUUCUUCAACCCAUCAUCUCUUCACUGGCAACUUUCUCAACAGAGAUUAGAUACGUUUACGUUCCAGCAUGUCUCACAACUACUCCUACAGACGACCACCACCAGCUAAAGGUCUAAGACCCAGCUCUUUCGACUCUCCAGAUCACCUGCACCCUGGAGACCACAGUCACAAUGUUUACAGAACGUGCCAGGAGUCACCAUCUCAUUCCACAAUACCAUCCUACCCAUACUCCUCAUCCAGAGCCUCCGCUGCCACCGAGUCCCCUUACUCCUCCUCACUAAGCCGGUCAGAACCUUACUCUUCCUCACUAAACAGGUCAGACCAAACUCUCCUGAGCAGCUGUGGGCUCAAGCCCAAAGACAUAUCUCUACUAGCCGAGAUGCCUGAGGAUCUCAUCACCGUGGAGAACCUACCACAUCUGGUCCUGGAGAUCAAGAAGAAGAGGGCGACACAGCAGUCAUCAUAUCCAGCUAUGAUCUCUUACCCUCCUGCUGUCACAUCUCGUCCCCCCUCUGCUACCCCGCCUCCAGGCUGUGUGUGGGAGCAGGGUGACCGGAGUCAUUCUCAACCAUUAGACAUCCACCCCUCUCUUCCCCCUUCCCAACUUCUUCCCACCGAACAGGCUGAGCCCUGGCAACUACAUCGGCACGGCAACUCGAUGCAGUACACAUGCUCUCGCCUAGAACCUGUACCUGUCCAAGUUGUGGACUACCACUAUGGUAAAGAAACUCGCAGAAGUCACCAAACUCCUAGGUCCACUUACAACACGGCCCAAGGAGGAAGCAGCAACACCUGGAAACCCCCCAACUCGUCCCAACCAGCAGUAGAUUACAGGUACCCACCAACUACAGACUACAGACCACGCCCAGACCAAGAUGUCCCAGUUGUCACAAUCAAGAUGGCCAGCUCUGGCAACACUCCCACCAAGAAGUCUGCUCUUGACUUCCAUGGAGAAAUCCCUCAAACGUUUCCUCAUACUUGCUCUCUCUGUGAUAUUACCGUGCUCUCUGAAAAGUUCUGGUUCACACACGCCAAUGGAACUCAACAUGCAGACGGACAGCUCACACUUCUUAAAAUGUAUCCUGAGUGGGAUUGCCGGAUGCAGACCACCAGAAAUGGUGACCACACAAAGAGACCGAACGUUGAAGAGAAGACUGGCGGACCUUCCCAUAGGUUGAUUAACUACAUGGGUAAACCGUCAAGUAGCAGCUCUAGAGAAAGCAUAGACCCUAAGACAAAGGGGAGUGGCAAAGUGGUUUGUGCCAAAUUUACCGCCCGGUGUCUCAACGAAGAUGUUUUGAAGGACCUGAUUAAUCCGUUUGGGGAAGUUGUGAAAAUCAUCAUGUUCCCUGCUUUGGCUUUUGUGGAGAUGGGCUCAACUGACCAGGCCGCCGAUAUUGUGACAUACUACCUCAGUAACCCAGUGAUGGUGAAAGAAGGACAAGUCACCUUCUCUGUCUCUUCAACAUUUAAUUUCCUGCAGAGUUCCCGGGUGUUGAGUUUUUCCCCGGUGCCUCCUGGUAAAGAGUCAUCCGCGUGGAAGAGACAGUUACUGGCUGCAGCUAAAAGAUUUGGACCUGUGGAGCACUCUCUAUUCUUACCUACGCAGGCAUUUGUGGAAAUGACAAAUCCACUGGAUGCACAGAAGCUGGUUGGACACCAUACGUCCAAACACCUGAAAAUAGAUGAGAUUCAUAUUAAAGUGGCUUUCUCGUCAGAGUAUAAUACACUUCCGACCAUAUCUGACAGGAAGUCUUCAGUCAGGAAUUCUUCAGUCAGGAAGUCUUCAGACAGGAAGUCUUCAGACAGGAAGUCUUCAGACAGGAGCAGGAAGUCUGAAGAUAGAUCUAAGAGAAAGAGAAGCCCAAGCCCCAGAAGGCGGAACCUCAGCCCCAGGAGAGAUUCCCCAACCACCUCAAAGAGGAGGAGGAGUAGAGAGAGGGAUAGCGACCGUCACAAAGAACGAGUGAAAUCAAACAGUGGGGGUAAAGGCAGUCCAAGGUCCCUCAGCAAACAGAUCUCCAGCCGGAACUCCAGAAGCCCUCGCUCACAUACUAAAGAGAGGGUCUCCAGUGAGAAGAAGACCCCAGGUUCUGGUAAAACAGACCCCAAGAAGAACAAGGUAUCUCCCACUUCCACUCGCUCACAACCUCCCACCAAGGAUAAGACCCCAUCCCUGUCCUCCAAUGUGAUGGAGAAGUCUGAAGAGGCUGUCGUCACGACUGACCAGAGCAAGAAAAAAACGGAGACUCAGGAGGAUGGAGCCACGGAGGCCUGUGAUAUGGACAGUGACAUCGAGGGGAUGGCCGUGUAUGGGGAGGAUGGGGAGGAGAACUCUGACAUGGGAGAGGAGGAAGAGGAAGAGGGACAAGUAGGGGAGAAAGAGGGAGAGGUAGGGGAGGCAGAGGUAGUGGAGGGAGAGGUGGGGGUAGAGGAGGAAGAGGGAGAGGAGGAAGAGGGAGAGGAGGAAGAGGGAGAGGAGGAAGAGGGAGAGGAGGAAGAGGGAGAGGAGGAAGAGAGUGAGGAGGAGGGAGAGUUAGGGGAGACACAGGAAGAGGGGCAAGUAGGGGAGGAAGAGGAGGAAAAGGUAGGGGAGGAAGAAGAGGGAGAGAAACAGCAGGAGAGUGCUGAGGACUUGAUCCAACGGGGGGAAAAGAGAGAUGGUGAAGACCAGAAAGCAGAUGCUUCAUAUGUUGAUGAGGAGGAGCAUGAUUUCCCAGAGGGCCAUGAGAACCAUAUCACUUUGGGUGCCCUAAAGCAGGAUUCAUCAGCUGAUGACCAAGAUAACCAGUCAAUAGAUGAGCCCAAAAGCAGGUCCAAGAGAAAGCCCUCAAGAUGUGAUCAGACAACUGGUAGAGUGAUCUACGUCAAAAACCUUCCCAGAGGCUUCUAUACAGAUAGUGACUUCCUGAAGAUUGUUAAAGGCUUCGGGAGAGUGCAUCGCUAUUACCUCCAUGGCAAUGGUGAAGAAGGCUUCAUUGAGAUGGAGAGGUCUUCUGAUGUGACAAAGGCUUUAAGAGAGCUGCGUUAUGAUGGCUGUAAAUUAUACGGCCAGAGGGUGAUCGUCCUGCGGUCUCAGAAAUACAAAAGACUAACAACAGGGUGGAAACCUGAAUCAGACUAUGAUUCUAAAAGUGAUCGGAAGAAAGAUCACAGGAAUAGUAGAAGCAGCAGCAGGAUAAGGAGAUGGAUCAGCAGUCACUCAAAGUCAGCAGCUAAGGACAAGGAGACGAAAGAGGAGGACGAGGAGACGAAAGAGGAGGACGAGGAGACGAAAGAGGAGGACGAGGAGACGAAAGAGGAGACGAAAGAGGAGGACGAGGAGACGAAAGAGGACGAGGAGACGAAAGAGGAGGACGAGGAGACGAAAGAGGAGGACGAGGAGACGAAAGAGGAGGACGAGGAGACGAAAGAGGAGGACGAGGAGACGAAAGAGGAGGACGAGGAGACGAAAGAGGAGGACGAGGAGACGAAAGAGGAGGACGAGGAGGACGAGGAGACGAAAGAGGAGGACGAGGAUUCGAAAGAGGAGGACGAGGAGACGGCACGACAAGUACACUCCGAACAGCGUAGUAAACAAUCGUCUGAUCCAGCCAAACACUUUCACGUGGACAGAGGAGCGUCUAAAUUGAAUACUGACAAAUUAUCCAACAGUGAAGACCAAAACAAUGCCCCUGUCUCUGCUGCUGAGGAUGAGAAGCGGGCCUGUAGCACCGAGGACAAUGUAGAAACCAAGAUGGAGGAUAAUGUGGAAAGAGGACAAGAUUACGUGAACACUGGUAUGGAGUCAUCAUUCCAGCCCAACAACCCAGUGGGAAGGGAAUUCAUUACUCCUGUCAUGGGCUAUUUCUGCAACCUGUGUCAAGUAGUCUAUGUCAAUGAGGACGAAGCAAAGAACCAACACUGCAGCAGCCUCUGUCACUAUCUGAAGUUUAUGGAACAUUCAGCUAAAGACACAGCCUCUAGCUAAAAGAUGUCCAUCUCUGGAGGAAGUUGACAAGAUGACAGUUUUAGACCCAAUUUAACAGGAAGUGUUACAAGCACUUCUGGAGGAGUGUGAAGAAUUUGGGAUUUUGCCAUGUCUUAACGCUCAGAAGAAAGCCACAGGUUUUACCUAAUCCACAAGAGGCUCUUUGUGAAACUUAUCCUAGAACAAUAAAUGGGAUUGCAGAUUAUGUUAAUCUGUAUUGGUUUAUAUGAACAAAUGUACAGCACCUACCUAUAUAUAUUGUUAUGUUUGUGUUGUAACAGCUCAGAUCUACUUCCGGUAACUUGGUUUGUUUGUCCUAUGCUUGGAAUUAAAGCUAUUAGAAAACCCUAUCUCGUUUGUUUUCAAGAUGAGUUGAAAUAGAAUUUCAUUCUAAAAUAUUAUGUUAAUUAACAUGCAUUCAUUUUUUGCAUUUUUGUAAUUUUAACAUAAUUCAAGCACGAUAACAUCACCACCUAUACUGUACAAAAAUAUGAAUGCAACAUGCAACAAUUUUACUGAGUUACAGUUCAUAUAAGGAAAUCAGAAGAUUUAAAUCAAUUAAUUUGGCUCUAAUUUAUGGAUUUCACAUGACUGGGAAAGUGGUGCAGUCAUGGGAGGGCAUAGGCCAACCCACUUGGGAACCAAGUCCACCCAUUGUGGACCAAGGCCCAACCAAUCAGAAUUGGUUUUACCCCACAAAAGGGCUAUAUUACAGACGGAAAUGCUUCUCCGUUUCAUCAGGUGGCUGGUCUGGGUGUGGCUUUCGUACUUUCUUGUGGUCUGCGGUUGUGAGGCUGGUUGGACGUACUGACAAAUUCUCUAAGAUGACAGAGGCGGCUUAUGGUAGAGAAAUUAUCAUUCAGUUAUUCAUGUAAUAAGGAAUUCUCCUUGACCACACCCACAAAUGGGGGGGGGGGGGGAACAAACAUUCUUUCCUUUUGACCCCCAGUGUAAAAGAGCCAACUUUGUAGUCGAUUUGUUGUUAUAAAGAAAUCACAAAACAUGCCGAAAACCUGCUGUGUUAUUCAACGUACAUGUAACCAGGUCAAACAUCCUGACCUUAUGGUUUGCAAUGCUCCCACUUUGGGAAAUAGGCUACCACAGUAGCUAUGUGUGUGGAAAACAUUUCAUCACAGAAAAUCCAUGUAACCUUGUUUAGUUUAGUCAGUUUGUAACUCUACUUACUACUUAUAGUUGUGUAGUUAAAUUAUUUGUGUUAGCUUAAUGUUCUAGUUGCUAGCUAGCGUUCACUCAUGUGGCCGCUUAGCACCCUCAUGAAAAGGGCAUUUAAAAAAAAAAAAAGUUUUUAUUUAACCCUUAUUUCCUAACAUGAGGGAGCCCUACAAUAGUAUGUUUUUCUGAGUAACGAGAACGCACGGGAGCAGGCAACGCUGACAAGUAAUCUUUAGAUAUGUUGUACUUUUCUUUAAAUAUAGUUUAGCAAUUGACUAAAACAAACAAGACAACAAGAAAAUGCGUCUUUUGAAAAAGGUCGAGUUUGUGCUGUGAGGCAAUGGGGGUAACCACAGGUUGUUUUCCUUUACAGACGGCCUGGGCCGUGACAUGCUAUGUAAUAUAAAGCAACCAGAUUUCUGAAAUGAAAAACGGGGACGUCUGGUCGCCCUAAUGUAAUACCAACUGGGACUAUGGCGCUGCCAUGCUAAAACAUGCUUUUGGGCACUAGAGUACUCUAUAAUCUGUGCUAGAGGCCUCUAUAAUCUGUGCUAGGGGCCUCUAAUAUGUGCUAGAGGCCUCUAAUAUGUGCUAGAGGCCUCUAUAAUAUGUGCUAGAGGCCUCUAUAAAAUGUGCUAGAGGCCUCUUAUAAUCUGUGCUAGAGGCCUCUAUAAUCUGUGCUAGAGGCCUUUUAUAAUCUGUGCUAGAGGCCUCUAUAAAAUGUGCUAGAGGCCUCUAUAAAAUGUGCUAGAGGCCUCUUAUAAUCUGUGCUAGAGGCCUCUAAUCUGUGCUAGAGGCCUCUAUAAUCUGUGCUAGAGGCCUCUCAUAAUCUGUGCUAGGGGCCUCUAUGUAGCUCUAUGGUAAAACAAACAUGGCAGUGUCUGGUAAGUGGGAAAUAGUUUUCAUAAAUGUGUAGACAAGUUGAGAAAUGUAAAUGUCUAUAGUUGUUGUUAAUCGUAUGUCAUAAUAUGAUUUUGGAUAUUUUUUUUGAGAUUUCAAGAUAAUUGACUGGAGUAGGCUACUGUAAGCACGGGAGAAGUAACGUUAUCUACUAGCUAGCUACUAGCUAGCUAUGCUAUCUAGCUAACGUUAGCUAGCGUUGGACAGCAGCAGCAAUGUUGACAAAGAUGUUUCUAUCUGUGAUGUUGAUGUUCAAGCAAGUGUGCCAGUCAAGACAUUUUGGAAAAACAUCACUGUAAGCCUGUAGAUAAUUUAUAUGAAAUGGGAUGAUUUAUAAAAAAAUAAUUGUUUAACUGCU